GUCGUGGUUAAAAGAAAAUGAAAGAGACAGGUCAGGUAUGGGAAUCGGACGAACGGCUAAAGAAGAAUGUGUUCAUAAUGUCAAUAUAUUGAUGUCAUCAUUCUCUAAAUUCCCAAGCAUUUACUUUAAUUCUUUCAACUCCUUUUCUCUUCAAUCUUUGGUCAUAUCUCUGAAGUCGUCUCUUUCUCUCUCUCCGGCUUCCUUCUCAAAAGCAACUGAAUUCAACUGCGCAUGAAAGCCAACAUUUCUCCACUCGUCACCAAAUGGGAACUCUCUCCUUCCCAAUUCCCUCCUCAAAAUCACAUCUUUUAUCCAAUCCCAACCCAGUUCCUCUUUUUAGGCACCCUUUUCUUCAAUCAUCUUUCUCAUCUUCUCCAUUUCCCUCUCGUAAUUUCCCUAUUCUUCGUUUACGGCGGCGUGUUCUCUGUUCCGCUGCGGCAGCUGGUCGGUCGAAUCACGAUGACCACCACCAUGUUCAUGAUCACAACCAUGGUCACCACCACCACCACCACCACCACCACCACCACCACCGCCACCAUGGUGAUCAUGAUGUUGAGUUGUCUGGGCCUCAGAAAGCGGUGAUUGGAUUUGCUAAAGCCACUAGGUGGACGGACUUGGCUAAAUAUUUGAGGGAAAGCUUGCAAUUAUGUUGCUGCUCUAUGGCUUUGUUUGUGGCUGCUGCUGUUUGCCCUUAUUUGGUGCCCAAACCCAUUGUGAAGCCUUUGCAAAUUGCUUUCAUUGUCAUUGGUUUUCCUUUAGUUGGGGUCUCCUCGGCACUUGAUGCUUUAACUGAUAUUAGUGGUGGAAAAGUGAACAUCCAUGUACUUAUGGCCCUUGCAGCCUUUGCUUCCAUCUUUAUGGGAAAUGCCUUGGAAGGAGGACUACUACUUGCCAUGUUUAACUUGUCUCACAUUGCCGAAGAGUAUUUUACAAGUCGUGCGAUGAUUGACGUCAAAGAGUUGAAGGAAAACUAUCCAGACUUUGCCCUUGUUUUAGAUACAAAUGAUGGUGAAGUUCCAAAUAUUACAGAUUUGUCCUACCAAAAGGUUCCUGUCCAAGAUGUAGAAGUGGACUCCUAUAUAUUAGUUGGAGCUGGUGAGUUUGUGCCUGUAGAUUGUGAAGUUUUCCAAGGUAGUGCUACAGUCACCAUUGAGCACCUAACCGGUGAAAUCAAACCAUUGGAGAUUACCGUUGGAAGCAGAGUUCCUGGUGGUGCAAGAAACUUGGAUGGUAGGAUAAUCGUGAAGGCAACAAAGACCUGGAAAGAGUCAACUCUGAGUCGUAUAGUGAACUUGACUGAAGAGGCACAACUAAAUAAACCAAGACUUCAGCGGUGGCUUGAUGAAUUUGGUGAACAUUAUAGCAAAGCAGUUGUAGUAUUGGCCACUACUAUUGCCCUCGUUGGUCCAAUAUUAUUCAAGUGGCCAUUUAUUGGUACUUCAGCUUGUAGAGGAUCAGUUUACAGAGCUCUAGGCCUCAUGGUGGCAGCAUCACCUUGUGCUUUGGCUGUUGCACCUUUGGCUUAUGCCAUUGCAAUAAGUUCCUGUGCAAGAAAGGGGAUAUUGUUGAAAGGUGGACGUGUAUUAGAUGCUUUAGCUGCUUGUCAUACUAUAGCAUUUGAUAAAACUGGGACAUUAACCACUGGGGGCCUUUUUUUCAAAGCGAUUGAACCAAUUUACGGACAUGAGGUAGGAGAAAACAAAUCAGACUUUGGUUCAUGUUGUAUUCCCUGCUGUGAAGACGAAGCUCUUGCUGUAGCAGCUGCAAUGGAGAAGGGUACUACUCACCCCAUUGGGAGAGCUGUGGUCGGCCACAGUAUGGGAAAAGUCCUCCCUUCCUUUUCUGUCCAGAGUUUGGAAUAUUUUCCGGGUAGAGGACUUGUCGCAACUCUGCAUGGUACUGAGUCAGGUGGGAAACUAUUGAAAGCAUCUCUUGGUUCCUUAGAUUUCAUCACUUCAUGCUACAAAUCUGGAACCAAAUCAAAAGAGAUCAAAGAAGCUGCAAACACAUCUUCAUAUGGAAGUGAGUUUGUUCAUGCUGCUCUUGCAGUUGAUGGGAAGGUAACACUUAUUCAUCUUGAGGAUCGACCUCAUCCUGGAGUUUCAAGUGUAAUAUCUGAAUUAACAGAUAGAGCAAGACUUCAUGUAAUGAUGUUGACCGGAGAUCAUGAGUCAAGUGCACGAAGAGUAGCAAAUGCAGUGGGCAUCAAGGAAGUCCACUUCAGUCUAAAGCCUGAAGAUAAACUUAGUCACGUGAAAAGUAUCUCUAGGGAGAAUGGAGGAGGACUAAUUAUGGUUGGCGAAGGGAUUAAUGAUGCACCUGCACUUGCUGCUGCUACCGUGGGCAUAGUGCUUGCUCAACGUGCUAGUGCAACUGCCAUAGCUGUGGCAGAUGUUCUGUUGCUGCGGGAUAACAUAUCUGGUGUACCAUUCUGUAUUGCCAAGUCUCGCCAGACGACUGCUCUUGUUAAACAGAAUGCUAGUCUUGCCUUGUUUUUUAUAUUUGUGGCUUCUCUUCCUGCUGUUUUAGGGUUUCUUCCCUUAUGGUUAACGGUACUUCUACACGAAGGUGGUACUCUUCUAGUUUGCCUCAAUUCCAUACGCGCUCUGAAUAAUCCUAGUUGGUCCUGGUCCUGGGGGCAAGACUUGAAGCAAUUCCUAAUGGAGCUGAAAUUUAAGGGAUCGCAGCCAAGGCUUAAUACCAGCUCUACCACUGUACAAUCUUCCCCUGUAUAGCUCCCCGUUUCUCUCUCUUUAUCUCUCACCCAUUAAGCUACAUUACCAUCGUCAUAAUGAAUUGUACUCCCUUGGUUCUCUGGGAGUGGGAGAUGCCUUUUGGAAACUUCCAUGUAUAGUUUGUUGCAUCAUCCCUGUAAUGUCUGAUUUUGGAUCCUUGUCAAAUAAUGAAUGAGAGUAGGUACUAUUGUAGUA